GAGAACUUCAACUUGAGAUCGUAUGCAAUAAACUAGGUUUCAACCGAUUCAUCAGGAUCUCGUGAUAUUAGAACCAUAUGAAGACCCAUGUAGGCUUUAUAUCGCCUUACAAAUAAAUUGCAAACAUGCCCGCUCGCGCGGUCUCGCCGGCAGCGUCCGAAAACGAAGUCGACAUCCUAGGCUCACUGUUCGCUGACAGCGUUAAUACGCCGGAAGAGAAAAACAAGAAGAAUGCGGCGCAAGAUGACCUCGGGUUCGAUUUUCUGGACGGGGACAGCAACGGCGAAGAUGAGGGUGACGAGGCUUUCAUUGCCCUUAAACAGGCAGCUUCGUUUCGGAAAACUACCAACCUGAAGGGGAAAUCUGUGAAGAAGGGUGGUGGCUUUCAAGCAAUGGGCCUCAAUGCGAACUUGCUAAGAGCGAUCACGAGAAAGGGAUUCUCAGUCCCUACACCCAUCCAGCGCAAAGCCAUUCCACUAAUCAUGGAGAGGAAAGAUGUUGUUGGUAUGGCCAGGACAGGUUCCGGAAAGACUGCUGCAUUCGUUAUCCCUAUGAUAGAGCGUCUGAGAGCUCAUAGCGCAACAAUUGGGUCAAGGGCGCUGAUCCUUUCGCCAUCACGAGAACUUGCCAUCCAGACUCUGAAGGUUGUAAAGGAGUUCAGUCGUGGGACGGAUCUUAAAUGUGUGCUUCUCGUUGGAGGUGAUAGUCUGGAAGAGCAGUUUAGUUCUAUGACAUCGAAUCCUGAUAUUGUCAUCGCCACCCCCGGUCGAUUCCUGCAUCUCAAGGUUGAGAUGUCUCUCGAUCUAUCUUCGAUCCAAUAUGUCGUAUUUGACGAGGCCGACAGACUGUUCGAGAUGGGUUUCGCCGCGCAACUUACUGAGAUCUUGCACGCUCUACCUUUAUCAAGGCAAAGUCUGCUCUUCUCCGCCACCUUGCCCGCUUCGCUAGUCGAGUUUGCCCGCGCAGGUUUACAAGAUCCUAGCCUCGUUCGAUUAGAUGCCGAGACGAAAAUUUCUCCGGAUCUCCAGUCGGCCUUCUUUAGUGUUAAGGGUGCCGAGAAAGAAGGCGCUCUUUUACAUAUCCUGCACGACGUCAUCAAAAUGCCCAUGGGAUUGCCAGAAGGGGUUCAGCCGGAGUCGGACAAGCCUUCGAAAAAGAGAAAGCGAGGAUCAGAUGCGCCUAGAGGAAGGGAAAAGCCGACGGAACACUCUACGAUUAUCUUCACCGCCACAAAGCACCACGUCGAGUACUUACAGUCUCUGCUUAACGAAGCAGGAUUCGCAGUCUCUUACGUCUACGGUUCUCUGGACCAGACGGCCAGAAAAGAUCAGGUCGAAAACUUCAGACGUGGCCGUUCUAAUAUCCUAGUUGUGACAGAUGUCGCUGCGCGAGGUAUUGAUAUUCCCAUCCUUGCCAAUGUAAUCAACUACGACUUCCCUCCUCAGCCCAAGGUCUUCGUUCACCGAGUCGGACGAACAGCAAGAGCCGGACAGAGAGGCUGGAGUUACAGUCUUGUCAGAGACACAGACGCGCCAUAUUUGUUAGAUCUCCAGCUGUUCCUAGGCAAGAAGCUCGUCCUUGGCAAAGAAGGCAAGGACUCUACCAACUUCGCAGAAGAUAUUACUGUCGGCGCGCCGAUACGAAGUAAGGUAGAGACUAACGUAGAGUGGCUCAACAAGGUCUUGGGCGAGAGCGAGGAUAUUAGCUCCCUCCGCCGAGUAGCAGGGAAGGCUGAGAAGCUAUACUUGAAAACACGUAAUUCAGCCUCCAGCCAGAGCGCCCGGCGAGCAAGGGAAAUUGUUGCGUCGAAGGGCUGGACGCAAUUACACGCCAUCUUCGGCGACCAGCUGGGAGACGCCGAGGAUGCCCGCGCCGAGAUGUUGGCGAAGAUCAGCGGCUUCAAGCCGCAAGAGACGAUUUUCGAGAUCGGUAGGUCAGCCAAGGCAGGUCGGAAUGACGCGGCCGAUGUCAUGAAGUCUCUUCGCGAGCGCUUCGGCCCUCGAAGAUCCGGUAAGGAAGUCGAAGAGCCGGAAGAAUCAAACGAAGCUAUGGAAGUAGACGGCUCAGACGGCUUCGAGGAGGAGGACGAGGCCAUGGCAGUAGAUGAGCAAGAAGAAGACAGCCCAUCCGCCGCCGAAGACCCCGACUCCGACUCCGACCUCGAAGUCACCAUAUCAAACCACACAUCGACCUCGCGUUCCAAAGACCCGACCUCAUCGUACCAAGACAGCGAAGUAUUCAUGUCCUACACCCCGCGCACCGUCAACGCGGCCGAGGAGCGCGGGUACGGCGUACACUCGGGCUCCAACACGCUUCCUUCUCACUCGCGCCAGCAACCCUCAUCCAACUUCGUCGAGGCCGCGCGCGACCUGACCAUGGACCUGACCAACGACGAGACGGCCAAGAACUUCGGCGUCCCGACGCGCGCGCGCAUGCGCUGGGACAAGAAACAGGCCAAGUACGUCUCGCGCGACAACGACGACGACGGCUCCCGCUCCGCCACCGGUCCCGGGAAGAGGCUCGUCCGCGGCGAGAGCGGGGUCAAGAUCGCUGCUAGCUUCCAGAGCGGCCGCUUCGACAAGUGGCGGCGCGCGCAGCGCAUAGGCAAGCUACCUCGCGUCGGCGAGUUUGAGAAGAGGCAGUUCGGCGGCGGUGGUGGUACUGGUGGUGGGAAUGGUAGUAACGGGCCGGGAGACGCGGGCAAAGGGGCUAGGUACAGGCACAAGCAGGAGAAGGCGCCAAAGGAGGCGGACAAGUACCGCGACGACUACCACGUGCGCAAGAAGCGUGUGGCCGAGGCCAAGGAGAAGCGGGUCGGCCGCUUCAAGGACGGCGCCGGCAGCAGGAAGGAGAUCAAGAACGCCGACGACAUCCGCAAGGCGAGGGUCCUCAAGGAGAAGAAGAAGGCUAAGAAUGCUAGGCCAUCGAGGAAGUGAAUAUGCUGUGAGGGGGAAGAAGAUACGAGGUAGUAGUUACGAUGCAGUCACUGCGAAGAAUAUAAGAUCAUCAAAUACAGAAAGACCAGAAGUCUCGUUUUGUUUCCA